AUGUAUCAUAGACAAUUUACAAUAUCAUCUUUACCAUUGUCAACAUCAUCUUCGUCAUCAUCCGCUGAAAAUAAUGACAAUAAAAAUUCUCUUACACAUGUGAUCUAUUAUACAAAGCAAUAUUCUGAUAAUAAUGAUCAAAAUACAUUCGAUUUGAAUGAUGAAGAUGAACAUCAAUUUAUGCAUCAAACAAAUAUUAAAGAACAUAUUAUUGAUGAUGGUAAUGGUCAUCAACAACGUAAAUUAAAUAAAGUCAAAAUUAACACAUUUAUCGAUGAUAAUAAGGCAAUGAUUCGACGAAUGUUUGGUGAUUAUGGUCAUCAUCAUCAUCUUGGACAAAAUGAUGGCCAUUUAACGCCAAUGUUGCCGUAUGAUGAUGAUGAAUUUCGUGAUCAUUAUUCAAGUUUUCAUGAUCAACAUUCAGGUCAUCAUCGUCGUAGUCGGCGUUCGAUUAAACCAAAAUUAUUGUCUGGUAAUAAGAUCGAUUCAUGUGAAUCAACAGUGGAAAUUGUAACACCAUAUUGGGCAUCAAAUUCUGCUGGAAAAAUUCGUGCUAUUGUUAAUACACAACAUUUACAACAAGCAAUACAACAAGAAAUUUGCCAAGCUGUACAAACAAGAAGAUGUAAUGCAGAUUGUCGUUGUGAACAAAAAUAUAAAUGGCAUCGUUUAUUAGCAUAUGAUCCUGAUGAUGAUUGUAAAGGAAUAUUUAUGGAUUGGUUUCUAUUUCCAUCUUGUUGUGUUUGUCGUUGUACUAGAUAUUGACCUGUAAUUGAUGAUUUUUACCCAAUACACACAGACACACACAAACACAUGAAUACCGAAAAUAUUAUCGAUUUUCGGACAACAGAUUCGAUCAU